UCGCUCAAUCCAAAUCAAGCUCCGCUCUCCCACUUCGUCUUUCAUGGCUGAAAUAGCUGCCAUUUCUGGAGAGGAGAUCCGUUGUUCGACGAUAUGCCUCAGAGAGUUCGAGCAUCUUGAAGAAUGAUCCUUUUCGAUGCAAUUGCAGCAUGAUACGAUCCAUGGAUUCUGGUGUUUCAUCCAGUUCAUUACACUCCGUGGCCUUGGUCAAGUCUUCAUUGGAGAGAAGCAGCUCCCUCGGAAACAAUGUGAUAAGCUUCAGGGCGAAUUCGGGUAGUAGACUUUACAGUAAGAGACUGCCCAAGAACCUUCAGUAUCCCCGGCGAUCCAAGCUGCCCCCCGAGUUCGGGACUAACUUGUUCUUGAAGAAGAAAACCACCGACCCUGAACCCUCCCUGACUGAUUCAGCUGAUGAGGAGGAACCCGAAGCAAGUUUUGUUGAACCCGAGGAAGAUGGAACAGAAGAGGCUGGUGUUGUUUGGGAACCGGACGAGGUUGAAGCAAUAUCGUCCCUUUUCCAAGGAAGAGUUCCGCAGAAGCCCGGGAAGUUGCAACGGGAAAGGCCUCUGCCACUCCCACUUCCAUACAAGCUCAGGCCUUUGGGGCUCCCUACCUCGAAAAAGCAUAUAAAUCUGGCAUCCUCGGGUUCGGUUCCUCCUCGCGCAUCUGUGUCGAAGCAAGUUAGCCGGAACCCGGGUUUCCUUAUUGAGCUUGCUAGGGAGAUCAGAAACCUCCCUGCGCAAGAAAAUGUCUCUGCAGUUCUUGACAAGUGGGCCUGUUUUCUGAGAAAGGGUUCACUGCCAUUGACUGUGCGGGAAUUAGGUCACAUGGGUCUUCCUGACAGGGCUCUCCAGACCUUCUCAUGGGCGCAGAAACAAGGCCACCUGUUUCCGGAUGAUUGGCUCUUGGCAUCGGUUGUCGAGGUGCUAGCAAAGAAUCACGAGCUGAAGGUUCCAAUCCACUUGGAAAAGUUUGCUGAGUUGGCGAGUCGUGGUGUCAUUGAGGCGAUGGUGAGGGGAUUCAUUAAAGGAGGGAGCUUGAAUCUUGCUUGGAAGCUUCUCAAAGUCACCAAGAACUGUGACCGGAUGUUGGAUUCGAGUGUCUAUGCUAAGAUGAUACUGGAGCUCGGGAAGAACCCGGAUAAGGAAAUGCUUGUUAUGCAAUUACUGGAUGAACUUGCUGAAAGAGAAGACUUGAACUUGAGCCAACAGGACUGUACAGCUGUCAUGAAAGUAUGCGUUAGGCUCGGAAAGUUCGAGGUUGCUGAUAGUCUCUUUAAUUGGUAUAGACAAUCGGGACGGGAUAUAAGCGUGGUCAUGUAUACGACUCUCAUUCAUAGCCGUUAUAUAGAGAAGAAAUACAGAGAGGCAAUGGCUCUAGUUUGGGAGAUGGAGGGUUCGGACUGUCUGUGCGAUCUUCCAGCAUAUCGUGUACUAAUAAAGCUUUUUGUUGCGAUGGAUGAUCUCCCAAGGGCAGUACGGUAUUUCUCCAAGCUCAAGGAGGCGGGAUUUUCUCCAACUUAUGAUAUAUAUCAAGCCCUGCUUAAGAUCUACAUGGCUUAUGGGAGGAUUGCCAAAUGCAAGGAGGUCUUGAAGGAGGCAGAGAUGGCAGGUUUCAAACCCGAUAUAGAAAGUUUGUCACGUCGUUAGAAGUUGAAUGAAUGUCAGAAUUCAGGUUUGAUGUAAUUGCUCAAUUGCCUCGUUACGCCUGCUACUGUUUUUGCCGAACAGCAACCAUGUAAUAAUGUUGAAAGAGCUCCUUUCAAAUGAAAAGUACUUUAUCUGAGAUCCACAAGAUCAUCCUUGGGGCAAAA